AUGAGCGACAUCAGCGACGGAGACGUCCGUCCGCAUAAUGACCUUUUCGACUACGAUGUCGGUCUCGACGAAGUCCUUGGAGAGAUCUCGCAAAGGAAUUCUGCGCCUGACGCGGCAUCUUCCAAUCAGGCGGCCCCAGCCCAAGCACCUGGCUUAGGACUCGACGAAGAAGUAGUCGUUACGAGAAAACGGCAGCCGAUUGCGAAACUCGACGAGUCUCUCCUACUUUCUCAGAAAGGUAUCCCACGACUACGAAGCACGGCGAAGAAGUUGAGAUUCAAGGGCAAAGGGCACGAGUUCUCAGAUGCAGCGCGUCUCUUGAAUUUUUAUCAGCUAUGGCUCGAUGAUCUCUUCCCUCGUGCAAAGUUCGCGGAUGGUCUGUCCAUGAUCGAGAAACUCGGGCAUUCGAAACGCAUACAGGUAAUGCGACGACAAUGGAUCGACGAGGGAAGGCCCGAUUACCGUCGCGAAGAUGACAGCUCCAACCAGGACAAGUCGUAUUCCGUAACGCGCGUUGAAGGAACGUCAUCUGAUUCGCGUGAUGUUGCUGCCCCGACAGCGGAACAAAACUCUUCUGGAGUCACCGAUCUCGCGCAGACUAUGGAAACCAAUGGCGCGGCAUCAUUAGAGAGGGUCACAACAGAAAGGAGACGGACCAAUGCUGGAGAUGACGGGAAGCUCUUCAUGUCAGAUGAUGAAGAUGCAGGAAAUGACACAAGAAAGAACGCGGGUGGUGAAGAUAUGCCUGAGGAAGAUGAGCUGGAUGCCCUCCUCGCCGAACAGGAGACGAGGGACGAUGAAUCACAUCACCCUCGUCAUGAGCCUGCGGCGCCAGACCCGAUUGAAGAAAGGGCCCCCGAAGAGGAUUUUGAAGAUGACCUCGAAGCCAUGGCGGAUGCAAACAUCCCAUGGUAG